UUUGCCAGAACAAAUUUUAAAAAGUAGAAGGCCAAAAGGGGAAAGACGAUUUUAAAAAAAUUUGACGAAAGGUGAAACACCCAAAAAAGAUGAAAUUUGGCGAAAGGCACGGGGGCAAAGGCACGAUAUGGAGAAAGACAAGCCUUGGUGAUAAACAUGUUUAAUUCUUUUAAAUUUUUUAGAAUUUUUCGGCUCUUAUAUAGCUCGUGGGCGAAGGCACAAUAUUAUUUUUAUCAAAAACAAAAAUUUUGAUGAAAUAUGUCCGUAUUUUUAAUUUUAAGUGACAUAAGCUCUCCUUAACUCUGGUAGAUUUUUUAAUAAUACGCAUACAUAUCUGUAAAUGAAAGAUAAUAUUAAAAAAAAAUUAUUUUUUUACAGUUUUAUUUUGUCUAUAUAUUUUUUAUUAUUUUUAUAACUAUUUAAUUUAACCAAUUCAAAUUAAAUUUUUUAGUAAUUAUUUUAGAAAAGAUUUUAGAAUGAUUUUGGCACGGACUUCUUUUUUUCUAGCUUCAAAGCGCUUAUAUGCGACCUACAUUCCUGGCUCGAGGCCAGUUUUCAAGCGUACAAAGCCUCAUCUUAAUGUCGGUACAAUUGGGCAUGUUGACCAUGACUACUCUUACAUCUGCGAUUACGAAAGGUAUGAGGAUAUUGAUAAUGCACCAGAAGAACGUUCUCGUGGCAUUACCAUUAAUACUGCUCAUAUUGAAUAUGAAACGGAUGCUCGUCAUUAUGCACAUAUUGAUUGCCCUGGACAUGCUGACUACAUUAAAAACAUGAUCACCGGAGCUGCACAAAUGGAAGGAGCCAUUCUUGUUGUAGCAAUUACUGAUGGGCCUAUGCCACAGACUAGAGAGCAUUUAUUGUUAGCUCGUCAAUGCGGAAUUCCUCAACAUAAUAUUUGUGUUUAUUUGAAUAAAUGUGAUGAAGUAAAUGAUGAAGAAACUCGUGAACUUGUUGAAAUGGAAGUUAGAGAACUUUUGAAUGAAUAUGAAUAUCCUGGAGAUGAAGUGCCGGUAAUUAUUGGCUCGGCAUUAUCUGCAUUGGAAGGAAUAAAUCCUGAAAUUGGUGAAAAAUCUGUUUUUAAACUUCUCGAAACUUUGGAUAAUUAUUUUAAAAUUCCUAAACGUGAGGUUAAUGAUGAAACUAUUUUUGCUGUUGAAAAAGUUUAUAAUAUUGAAGGAAAAGGUGGAGUUGUCACUGGUAAAUUAGAACAAGGAUCAGUAAAGAAAGGCGACAAACUGGUAAUUGCUGGACAAGGAAAAAAUAAGACUACUAUUGUUAAUGGUUUGGAAACAUUUUGUAAAACUGUUGAUAAAGGUGAACCUGGAGAUCAAUUGGGUAUUUUGCUUCGUGGUGUUGAACCAAAAGAUCUUAAAAGAGGAUGUGUUCUUUUACCUCAAGGACAUAAACAUUUGCUUACUGAUAGAGUUCGUGCUCAAAUUUACGUUUUACGUCCAGAAGAGGGAGUGGAGGUUCAAAACUUCCUAUUGCCAAUUUCUUUGCGGAACAAGUCUUUUCAUUAACUUGGAAUUGUGUUGGAAAUAUUCGAAUUUUGGAUACAAAUAAAGAUUUUAUUAUGCCUGGAGAGUGUUGAUCAAUUUAUGUUACCGCAGCAACGCUUUACUCUUCGAAAUUCUGAAAAUACUACAAUUGCUUGUGGCGUAUUUUUGGAGUUGCUUGAACCAAUGACUUUUGAGGAGAAAGAUAAAAGAAAUCGUAAAAAACAAAAGCGUUCAGUUAUGGAGAAACUUGGUUUUAAUCCUUAUGAGGCAAGUUGGGAAAAGACUUGCAAGCCGGAUUAUUCAAAAUCGCCAAGUAACAAUCCUGCUGAAGAACUUUUUAGAAGGGAAGCAACUG